CUCCCAGGUGCCGGGAAGUUUGAAGAUAAAUCUGAUGCGGUAUUUGAUAUUACAGAAAAAUGUGGUGAAAUUCUGGAUGCAGAAAUGUCUGAGGACGCUGACCACAACUUAGCACCUGCCCUCGACAGCAUCUCUUACGGGAUACAGAACCGAGCAGGGUCUGAAAACUCGCUGCUGGAUGACGAUGAUGAUGAUUAUUUCCUGAACUCUGGGGACCUGGCAGGCAUACCUGUUGUUGGGAGUGACAACGAAGACGAUCAAAAUUUCACUCCAAAAGACACUCUUUCUUCAGCAAUUCAUGAUGAAGACCACCUGGAAGAGGGCAAGAGAGUUACGGAACAUGAACUGGACAGUGAAAAGGAAAUUCAGAUUCAGAAUGCAAUCCAGAAGGAUCUCACUUCACCCUUUGAGCAGGGCCCUGUAUUUAAAUCAAUUCGAAAAGAUUUUAGCGUAACAAGAGAUAAUGGCAAAGAGACUUUUUCAGCAAAGGACAAGAAUAGAGAAGGACAUUUUCAAGAACGUGAAAAACGGUUGGAAAAAAUCCCUAAAGAUAUGGAUUCUAGAUUGAAAAGCAGUUUUCUUGACAAAGCAGUUCAUAAUCAAGUAGAAGAAACAUUACGGACGCAGUUAGCGCCACAAACUCCAGAAACUAACUUCAGGGAGUCUAGCUACCUAUUUUCUAGUAAGGAAUCUAUUGGACAAGAGCUGGGGAAUUCCUUUGCACCAAAUAUUAGAAUUAAGGAGGAGCCUUUGGAUGACGAAUAUGAUAAAGCUAUGGCCCCACAGCAGGGACUAUUAGACAAAAUUAAAGAUGAACCUGAUAAUUCUGAGGAGUACGGCCAACAGCCAAAAUCUCAGGAAGGGGAGCUGAAAAUCAGUGCUGUAUUUUCAGUCAGUGGCAGCCCUCUUGCUCCACAGCUGUCAUCAGGUUUCCAGCCUGCUGUGGCAUCCUCUGGCAUGAGUAAAAUGCUGCCUUCAGUUCCAGCCACAGCUGUUCGGGUUUCCUGUUCUGGCUGUAAAAAAAUCCUGCAGAAGGGGCAAACCGCGUACCAGAGGAAAGGCUCGACCCAGCUCUUCUGCUCCACACUGUGCCUCACUGGAUACACCGUCCCAGCUCCUCGCCCACCAGCUUCUACCAAGAAAACCUGCUCAAGCUGCUCAAAAGACAUUCUAAAUCCAAAGGAUGUAAUCACUGCCCAGUUUGACAAUACAAACUCCAGUAAGGAUUUCUGCAGCCAGUCUUGUCUUUCUACCUAUGAACUGAAACGGAAACCUGUCGUUACUAUUCACACUAACAGCAUCUCAACCAAGUGCAGCAUGUGCCAGAAGAACGCCGUGAUCAGGCACGAGGUGAAUUACCAGAACGUUGUGCACAAGCUGUGCAGCGACGCCUGCUUCUCCAAAUUCCGCUCGGCCAACAACCUGACCAUGAACUGCUGCGAGAACUGCGGGGGCUACUGCUACAGCGGCUCCGGGCAGUGCCACGUGCUCCAGAUAGAGGGACAGUCCAAAAAGUUCUGCAGUUCCUCCUGCGUGACAGCGUACAAGCAGAAGUCAGCUAAAAUCACGCCCUGCACACUCUGUAAAUCUUUGAGAUCUUCGGCCGAGAUGAUCGAGAGCACAAAUAACUUGGGAAAAACUGAGCUGUUUUGCUCCGUUAACUGCUUGUCAGCCUAUAGAGUAAAAAUGGUUACAUCUGCAGGUGUUCAAGUUCAGUGCAACAGCUGUAAAACUUCAGCAAACCCUCAGUAUCACUUGGCGAUGUCAGAUGGGAGCAUACGCAAUUUUUGCAGCUACAGUUGUGUGGUGGCUUUUCAGAAUUUGUUCAACAAGCCUGCAGGAACGAACUCCUCGGUGGUACCUCUCUCUCAAGGGCAGGUCAUUGUAAGCAUUCCCUCGGGGGCGACGGUGUCGGCCGGAGGCACCACCUCGACGGUGUCCCCCAGCUCCAUGAGCAGCUCGGCUGCAGCUGGUCUCCAGAGGCUGGCUGCCCAGUCCCAGCAAGUCACUUUUGCCCGCCCUGUUGUAAAACUCAGGUGUCAGCACUGUAACAGAUUGUUUGCAACCAAACCCGAGCUGCUUGACUACAAGGGUAAAAUGUUCCAGUUUUGUGGGAAGACCUGCUGCGAUGAGUACAAGAAGAGGAGCAGUGUGAUAGGGCUGUGUGAGUACUGCAGGACUGAGAAGAUCAUCAAGGAGACGGUGCGGUUCUCAGGCAUCGAUAAGACGUUCUGUAGCGAAGGUUGUAAGCUGCUCUACAAACACGACUUGGCUAAACGCUGGGGAAACCACUGUAAAAUGUGCAGUUACUGUUUACAGACUUCUCCCAAAUUGGUCCAGAGUCACUUUGGGGGGAAAAUGGAGGAAUUUUGUUCAGAGGAGUGCAUGUCUAAAUUCACAGUCUUGUUUUACCAGAUGGCAAAGUGUGAUGGGUGUAAGAGACAAGGGAAACUCAGCGAGUCCAUGAAGUGGCAAGGGGAGAUCAAGCAUUUUUGCAACCUGCUUUGUAUUCUGUUGUUCUGCAAUCAGCAGAGCGUUUCUGACCCUGCCCCCCCAAACAACACAGCAAACCUUUCUAUGGCACCAGCUUCCUCGUCAGGCCCUCCUUCUCUGAGAAAGGACUCGACCCCUGUCAUAGCAAACGUGGUGUCCCUUGCAAGCACCCCUGCUGCCCAGCCUACCGUUAACUCCAACAAUGUUUUACAGGGUGCAGUCCCUACUGUGACAGCAAAAAUAAUAGGAGAUGCUAGCACUCAGACAGAUGCCCUAAAGCUGCCACCCUCACAACCGCCCAGGCUUCUAAAAAACAAAGCGUUACUGUGCAAGCCCAUCACACAGACUAAGGCCACCUCCUGCAAACCUCACACCCAAAACAAAGAAUGCCAGACAGAAGAAGAAGUAGUUCCACCCCAGAUCGUUGUGGUACCUGUUCCUGUACCAGUGUUUGUGCCAGUGCCCCUUCACCUCUACACUCAGUACACACCGGUUCCGCUCGGGAUGCCCGUACCUGUACCAGUUCCCAUGCUCUUCCCCACUACCCUGGAUAAUGCUGAUAAGAUCAUUGAAACUAUUCAGGACAUCAAGGAAAAGAUUCCCACUAAUCCGUUUGAAGCUGAUCUCCUUCAGAUGGCAGAAAUGAUUGCAGAAGAUGAGGAGAAAGACAAAACACACUCUCAUGGUGGAUCUCAAACAUCCGAGCAUGAGCUCUUCCUGGACCCCAAGAUAUUUGAGAAAGACCAAGGCAGCACGUACAGUGGAGAUCUGGAGUCCGAAGCAGUGUCCACUCCGCACAGCUGGGAGGAGGAGUUAAAUCACUACGCCUUACGAUCCAACCCCCUGCCCGAGCCGGAGCCAGAGCUGAAGCAGUUCUCCAAAGGUGAUGUGGAGCAGGACCUGGAGGCAGAUUUUCCAUCAGACUCAUUUGACCCUCUCAGUAAAGGACUGGGUGUGCACUCACGUUCACGAGCAAGGAGGAGACACAGAGAUGGCUUCCCACAGCCAAAGAGACGGGGACGGAAGAAGUCUGUGGUUUCUGUGGAGCCCCGGAAUCUGAUGCAGGGCUCCUACCCGGGGUGCUCCGUCUCUGGGAUGACCCUGAAGUACAUGUACGGGGUGAACGCCUGGAAAAACUGGGUCCAAUGGAAAAACGCACAGGAGGAACAAGGGGACCUGAAGUUUUCAGGGAAGGAGCAGCCCAGCCUGAAAGAACAUCCAGAACCACUGGGAAAUGCUCAAGAUCCCUCUCUUGCUCAGGAUUCCCCAAGCCCAGCCACAGAGGUUCGUCCUGUGAAACUCAAGGAGGACAUUCUCUCAUGCACUUUUGCUGAGCUGAGUUUUGGCUUGUGCCAGUUCAUUCAAGAGGUGCGGAGACCAAAUGGAGAAAAAUAUGACCCUGACAGCAUCUUAUACUUGUGCCUUGGAAUUCAGCAGUACCUGUUUGAGAAUGGUAGAAUAGAUAACAUUUUUACCGAGCCCUAUUCCAGGUUUAUGAUUGAACUUACAAAACUUUUGAAAAUCUGGGAACCUACAAUUCUUCCAAAUGGUUAUAUGUUCUCGCGGAUCGAAGAGGAGCACCUGUGGGAGUGCAAACAGCUGGGUGCAUAUUCCCCUAUCGUUUUAUUGAACACACUUCUCUUCUUCAACACCAAAUACUUCCAACUAAAGAAUGUCAGUGAGCACCUGAAACUGUCCUUUGCCCAUGUUAUGAGACGCACCCGAACUCUGAAGUAUAAUACUAAGAUGACAUAUUUACGUUUUUUCCCACCCUUUCAAAAACAAGAGGUAGAAUCAGAUAAAUUAUCUGUAGGCAAAAGGAAACGCAGUGAAGAGGAGGAGAUUGCAACAGCGGUGGAAAUGGCUGAAAAUACAGAUAAUCCCCUGCGAUGUCCCGUCCGCCUUUAUGAAUUUUACUUAUCAAAAUGUUCUGAGAGUGUGAAGCAGAGAAGUGACGUGUUUUACCUCCAGCCCGAGCGCUCCUGUGUCCCCAACAGCCCCAUGUGGUACUCCACGCUGCCAAUAGACCCCGGGACCUUGGACAUCAUGUUAACACGGAUUCUCAUGGUGAGGGAGGUACACGAAGAACUUGCCAAAGUCAAAUCAGAGGACUCUGAUAUCGAGUUAUCAGACUAACUGAAGUGUGGGGUAUUUUCCUUUGAAUACACAUCAGAAGCACCAAACUGUGAAUACGUCCAGCCUUUGGAAAAAUGUGUAUCAAAUAAGCCACGAUAAUGUCACCUACAGGCGUAUUUUGAACCACAGUGGAUGUACAAACUGGAACUGGAAGGCAGGAAGCUGCGUAAGCUUCAAGAAACAACGUCCUGUGGCACCGAUAAACCCUCUGAACAAAUUCGAGACGAACUAACCUGUCUGAGUGGUGCAUAAAUCCUUUAUCUGUUUAGGAUUUUAAAAAGUUGUGAGAUGUUUUUAAGGAGAAUGGUUGUGUAAAAUCUACCAUACCGCUGUUGGGCACAGAGAGCUAGACUGUGGCUCGGGUGACUCCUCGGGUGAGUCCUUGCUGCCAAAGGACACGUGGAGACCCCAGAGCUCUUCAGGAGGACAGGGGAGAAGGCGGUGGUAUUUAGACAGACACCUUCCGUUACGAAUACACCUACACAUAAUGCUUUUAUAAUAUUUGUUGGUUUUUUUUUUUUUUUGAAACUGGGAUCAAGUGUUAGGAAGGCAGAAGCUGCCAGGGGAGGUGUCUGAAGGGACAACUGUCUGGCUGCUCCUAAAUGGUCACAGGGGGCCAGAAUCUAGCUCUCCGUCCGGGCUCACACCAGCUCCCGCUCUCUGGGGUCUCCGAGGUGGAAGAGGUGCCCUGGGUCAAACUGUCAGAGCGAUCAUGUCACGGGACAAACAUUUCUGGGGUAUGUACAGGAGAGUGACUGUCCUGGGGGGUGUGCAGGUGCCCCCUCCCCAGCCCAGUAGCUCUGCAGUCUGUCGAUAUAAUCUAGCAAAUACUGUGGUGCGCGGAAAUUUUGUUUCCCCCUUAAGGCAGCUUUCCUUUCUCCUCUUUCCCUCCUCCUAUGGUUUGGGUUAUUUUAUAAGGCGAAUUUGGAGGGCCUUGUCAUUUCAAACAAAAGAUAACAUGCACUCUUUCCCUUUCCACCUUUGCAACGCGCGCAGUGUUGUACAAAGGAUGCAGUAUUACUUCUGACAACAGAACUGUGGUAGAAAAUGACCAGGUGUGGUUUUUUUCCCAUCCCACCCAAAGAGAUGUAGUCAUAGUGUUGGAAAUCGAAAGAGAUUUUUUUAAGGCUUGGCUGUUACUGCGUCUUUUUGAAGAGAAAAGCUCCCACAUUGUGUUUAGAGGACAGGACAUUAUCAGAUACUGUCUGUAUCUCCGUUUUCUCAAGCUAUAGAUGUGUGUUUCUGAUGACCAGUGGUCACAAAAUCAUUGGAAACCCAAACUAUUUUUAAAGAAGAGAACUGUAUGGUUUUUAUCUAGCUCUGGUCAGUUAUCCAUCUUCUGUAACAGGGGUCUGAUAUUUGAUCUUGUCACUAAAAUUUCAAGAGAUGAAAAUCAACAGCCUUGAAUUAUAUUUCCUUUUUUUUUGUUUUGUUUUGUUUGGUUUUGUUUUUUAAUUAUUUUUUUAGCAGUAACAAAAGUAAUUUAACAAAAAUAAAACCAGAAAGUAGUCUAUUGACGUUGUGUACUCAGUAGUCCUGUCCCUGCCUGUAACAGAUUUCACUGAUGUAUUUUUUAAUACAGAAAACUAUGUGAAAAGUAAACCUGCCCCUGAUUCUGUCUGAUCAAAGCCCAUCUGUGUCUGUCAUUUCUGAGCAAAGAUAAUACCUCUUUCUCCGUGUCCUGGCCCAGCGCUCCUGGGGGAGAUCUUUGGGCUGUAGCAGGUACCUGCCAGGGAUGCUCCUACCCUCAGGGCUGCUCCUGGCCCCUGAUGGUGGUUUGUAACCGAGCGUGAGCACCAAAAAAAAUGGGUAAAAAAUCUCUAGAGGAGAAAGUCUGGAAGGAGCCUGGGGAGCAGAGAAGCUGGAGGGGGCUCAGAGCCCAGGUUUGGCCUCACGGGGGGCACGUGUGUGUGGAGCAGGGGGGAGCCACUGCUUUUCAUUUCCUCUGCCAAGGACCAGGAGGUGAAAAGUCUCAUCCCUCCUCCUCCUCUUCCUCCUCUCGUGGUGCUGUGCCCGGCUGCCUGAGAGCAGUCUCCUUCCCCAGCAGGACGGGCAGGGAGGGCUGACUCUGCUUUUCUUCCCUGGCUUGAAAACGGGGGGGGUUGAGUGGUUUUGCACAAUGUUGUUAAGAAAUUGACUCCAGCCCUUUUAUUUUUUUUUGGAAGGUGGAUUUUUUUGAAUGGAGAGGGGGGAAUGACUCCGUGAGUCUGACCCCUGGCGUGAGCAGAGCCCUCACACCCACAGCACCUGCCUGGGCUGUAAGAUCUUGCAUUUUUAUCUUCGGUUUCCUCCCCCCCACACCACUUCCAAGAAGCAUUUGAUGACUUUUGCGUUGUGCUUUAGGAGGAAACUGUUGUGGACGUGCCAGAAAGAGCGAGUUAAACCAGAGUGAGGGGGUGGGAAGGGUCUGGGCAGGGGGGGAUGCUCUUACCCCCCCUGGGCUGCCUUGGGCUGGGGGGUGAUUGUACCCAGCAAGAAGCUAAUAGGGAUAUUUAAGUGUGUAGGUUUCAUCAUUUUACAUUCAAACAGCUCAGUUGGGUGCUAUUAAGAAAAUGUAGUGCCCGAGGAUGGGUCAUAAAUGGGACAAAUUUAGGGAGAACCUGAACUGAGACAGGGUUUGGUUCCCACGUGCCGGCUCUUCUGCUGUUCCAUGGCAAAUGGCAAAACCUGCAACAGCUUUUUUUUAUUUUAUUUUUCAAUUGUCCUCACUAGAUGCUGCUGCCAUGGAGGUCGUUAGUGCUCGUGCCAUGGCACCAGUGCCAGCUCUGGUCCAGGGGGUGGUAAAAGGUGGUUUUAGGAGUCGUUAAGGCUUGAAGGCACUCGGGCACCUUGGAUUCUUCUGGCCACACUACAUAAAUAUUUGUUGGACUUCACACUCGCUGAGCUAAUGGUCUUUCACCAGAGACAUGGGUUUUAUUAAAGAAACGAAACCUGAGCUAUGGUAGAUUACCACCUGCUUGGAGGUGUACUGCAGAGGGAAUUAAACAGUCAAGAUAAACAAAGCAUCAAAACGCAAAGCUCAAAAUGUGGCCAAAGGGCACGACUUUAAUGCAAACCUGGUCCAUUUUCCUGGAGUUUGGACUUUGGGCUGUGGCUGCAGCACCACGGGAGCUGCGGCUGGCGGAACCCUGGGGGUCACAGCUGACUGGGGGACACCCCCACGACGGGCGUCCCUGGGGACUUAGCUCUGCAAGUCCUGGACUUUCCAACCUGUUUAUACCCCAAAAAGCCAGAACGAUUUGGAACGGUCUCUCCGACCUGCUGGGAGCCGGGUGAGGGCUCCAGCUCUUGACUCUCUCCCCAAUUUAGCCCCUGGCUGGUGCCAGAGCCCAGGACCCGGCGCACGCCCCACGUCACCGCUGUCGUAGAGAUGAAGCCUCCUGUUCCGUCCCCUGCCAGUCUGUACCUCGGUUGUACCCAUCUCUAAAUUGGCCAGACUUUCCUACCUCGUUUGGGCAUUAUCAGGCUAAAUUCUGUAGGAUGCUUUGCAGCCCCCUGAUGAAAGGUGCUAUAUAACUGCAAAGUGUUACUUCAAAAGAUUUAAAUAGGUCACCAGUGCAUCAUAACCUAUAUUAAAAAGACUUUUUUCUUAUAUGAGAAUUUAUAGAGUUCAAUGUAUGGUAUUAAUAAGUGAAUUACUGAGACCCCAAAAAUAGUUUUUGUUUGAAUCGUAUCUGUAUUCUGGAAAAGUGAUUAAAAAACUUUAACCUUAA